UUAGUGUGUUUCUUUUGCUCUGAUUGUGGGAUACAGCUUGAUGUCUUGUCUGUCUUUUGGGACAUUAUUCUCCGAAUAUACUCACCCUACGUUGCCACUUAGCACUGAUGACUGUGAUCCCCUGAAUGCCACAAGUCUUUUUAAUUUUUCUUCAAUACUUUCAACCAAGAAUUCUCAUAUUCCUACUCAAACAACUAAUAAGGAAAUUUUUGUGCUAUAUAAAAUUUCGUUUGUGUGGUAUAGCACCAUCGGAUGUAUACUUACUUUGGUCCUUGUUUUCUUAGCUGUUAUUGCAACAGGGUGGAGAAAAAACGUUAUUCCAGAAAAUUCCAUUUGCUUAAGUCCAGUUACAAAACUUUGGUUGAAACAGAAUGCAACGCUGAACCUAGAUGUACAGAAUAAAACGGAAGAAAUGCAAAUAUUGAAAUUAAAUUAUAGUAAAUAAUAAUAACGAUGAAAUUUAAUUUUCAAAAAAGUUUAUUUCCCAAUGCUGCUGAAAAUGAUGAAACGCUGAAUUCUUCUGCAGAGUAUAUCCAAUAGAAAUUUUUGAAAACCAUUUUUCCACU